UACCCUCUAAUCAACAAAUCCAACACACAAAUCAACAAAAAAUCCAAUCAUUUAUAUUCAUUCCUUCAUAAUAAUAAUCUCUAAUCACCAAGCCAAACAUGAAACAAAUUAUAUUUUCCUUCUCACUCUUUCUACUCAUGUUCUCCUCAUUGUAUUCUCCCAACAUAGCAGCAACAGCAACAGCACCGGUGGCAUCACCUAAACAAGCCCCGGCACCAAAAGCAUCAUCACCAACAUCGUCAAAACCAUUAGUCCCGACACUACCAACUUCACCAGACACCGAUUCCACACCUGACGACAUCACGAAAAUCCUCAAAAAGGCGAAAACAUUCACCAUCCUAACCCGUCUUCUAAAAACAACAGAAAUCAUGAACAACAUAAACUCACAGCUCAUAACAGCAAAAGGCGGCGGUUUAACAAUCUUUGCACCGGAUGAUUCAGCUUUCUCGCAUCUCAAAGCAGGGUUCCUCAACUCACUAAACGAAGGCAAAAAAAUCGAACUUUUACAAUUCCACAUUCUUCCACAGUUUGUUGACAGCAAUAAUUUUGAUUCUCUUAGUAACCCAGUUGAGACGGUAGCCGGUAAAGACCCUUUAAAGCUUCCGUUGAACGUGGAAUCGUCCGGUAACAAUGUUAAUCUUUCAACCGGCGUGGUUAAUGCCACUGUUACCGGUGUAGUGUAUCAAGAUAACAAACUUGCUAUAUAUCGUUUAGAUAAAGUUUUGCUUCCUCUUGAUUUCUUCGGGACCAAGGCACCUGCUUCUGCUCCUGUUGCUUCUGCAAAAGCACCUAAAGCUGAUAAAGGGAAAUCUUCUUCUGCAGAAGAUGAUGAUGAAUCAUCAACAACACAGGAUCAGAAAAGUUCUGGAGCAAUGAGUUUACUUGGAAUUCAAGCAACAAAAUUGAUUUCUAUUGGAAUAGCUUUUGUUGCAGUGACAAUGUUAUGGAGUUGAAAAUCAUCAUUCAUCAUCCAUUUGGCACCUGCAGUUGAAUGAUCUUUUAUCUUUGCACUUUGUUUUUUCAGUUAAUUCUGUUGUUGGUUUGAACCAUGUUCAUUAUUUUUCCUUGUAAAAUUGUUUGAAUAUAUGAUUUGAGUAAUUUUAUUAAAUUUAUAUA